UAUUGAUAUUAUCCCAGCUUCAACGCGCAAUGCGUCGGCGGUGAUUCAUUAUUAAUGCCAAUACUCGUAAACACCACUUUGUGAAACUGCAUAAAAAGUGCGUUGCGCACGGGUAUCGUCCUCCUGUUAGGAUGAAGGCAUUCUCCGUGCUUACACCCUUCCCCUAUGGCAUCGUGUCAUACAUGUGCGAGGCAUCAUAUGAGAGCCUGUUUCUUCUCUCCGGUCGUGCACGCUUUGAUGCUCUCACCGAAGAGGAAGGCUGGGGCAGCGACCGCGCAGAAGCACAGGCGGCGACCCCGUCACCUCAUAUACCUGCACGGUCUAACCAUUCAUGCAGCCGGAGAGAAGGGCGUCGCGUAAUUCGCAGGGAACACAUCGCCCCCGGAACCCUCACCUGGGGGUCAGCCACGGUGACAGGCCUCUGCGGGCCCGUUUUUUCCCCAGGGUCCCAAUCUCUUAUGCCUUGCUUGACCCUAUUUGCCCUGACCCAUCGUCCGAGACGGGAAAAGUUUUUAUAGCCUCGCUCCCGAGUUCGCGAGGGAACGGAGAUUUACGGCUCGUCACUGCUCGACUUUCGUUUUGACAACCCGCGACGCCAUGGACGAGAACACCGACUACGCGACGACACUCCUUAUCGUCUCGUGGGCGCUCGGCGCCAUCGUAAUACUAGUUUGCACGCUGAGAGUCUACGGCAGAGUAGUCAUUAUAAACCAAGCAGGCUGGGAUGAUGGCUUCAUGGUCUUCGGAGCGUUAUCUGCGAUAGUAUGCUCAGCGCUUGUCACGGCCGGCGUCUCUCACGGCUUGGGCCGGCACAGAGAGCAGAUAACGGACCCCGUUGACUUACAGGAAUCCAUCAAGUACACCAUCAUUGCCCCGUUGUUCUCCAUUAUUUCGUCGACCUGUAGCAAAAUAUCAAUUUUGAUAUUCCUCGUCCGGCUAAUGGGAAUGACCGCGAAACACUGGCACCUGAUUUUCCUCUGGGGCCUCUGCGUUCUACUGGUCCUCUUAAAUAUCUUCGCCAUAGUGGUUAUUAUCCGCUUCUGCGAUCCUCCUGCAAAGCAAUGGAACCCCGACCUAGAAGGAACCUGCAUCGACCCUCGGAUUCAGUUAUACGGCGGCGCCGUCCAAGCAAGCUAUAACGCGCUCAUGGACAUCAUAGUCGCUAUCUUCCCCACUAUGUUCAUCACGAAAUUGAACAUUACCCGAAAGAUGAAGGUUGGCUUAAGCUUUCUGAUGGGCGGCGGCGUCUUUGCCGCCGCGGCUACGAUCACCAAAGUAUACCUCAUCAAAGAUCUAGAUAAGCACAGCGACAUCACCUGGUUCUGGGCGCCUAUCACGUUGUGGUAUACUGCCGAGGUAGGGAUUGAUCAAUAAAACGCGAGCUCCAUAUCCCUCAGCUUAACCGUUGCUAACUAAACUGGGGAUACAGAUGGACGUCAUCAUCAUCGUC